AUGGAAACCAAUGGUUGUACAACAACAAUGAUUUCUUGUUCAACGCCACACCAAAACUGCUCUAGGAUUACAAAUUUUCGGACCAUUUCUUCUAACUCCAGCUGCCAACAUGACGGUCUUGAAGCCAACAUCUGCCAACAAGUUAGCCAUGUUCCGAGGACUGCCAGACCCACUCCUUGCUUUUAUUUCACACCCAUCUGCUUAAUAAGCAACUUCAAUGCCUGUCCCCUUCUGGAUGAUUGUGGCUGUGGUGAAGGCAUCAACAGCCACGAGAAAGAGACCAUGCAAAUCUUGAAUGAGCGCCUUGCUAACUACCUUGAGAAGGUGCGGAUUUUGGAACAAGAGAAUGCUGAACUGGAGUGCAAAAUCCAGGAGGAGUGUAACAAAGAGCUCUGUGUUGUAUGUCCUGACUACGUGUCCUACUAUGCUACCAUAGAGGAGCUCCAGAGGAAGAUCUUGUGCACCAAGGCUGAGAAUUCCAGACUGGUCUCACAAAUUGACAACACCAAACUGGCUGCUGAUGACAUGAGAGCCAAGUAUGAAGCUGAGAUGUCCAUACGCCAGCUGGUGGAGGCAGACGCCAAAGGCCUACAGCAGAUCCUCAAUGCAUUGACACUGGCCCAGGCCGACCUGGAGGUGCAAGUCCAGUCUCUGAAGGAGGAGCUCCUCUGCCUCAAAAACAACCAUGGAGAGGAAAUAAAUUCCUUACAGAGCCAGCUUGGGGACAGACUCAACAUUGAAGUGACUGCUGCUCCUUCCGUUGAUCUAAACCAGGUUCUACAAGAAAUGAGAUGUCAGUAUGAGUCCAUCAUGGAGACAAACCGCAGAGAAGUGGAACAGUGGUUCAACACACAGAUGGAGGGGCUGAACCAGCAGGUGGUGGCCAGCUCUGAACAGCAGCAGUGCUGCCUGAAGGAGGUCACUGGACUGAGACGCACUGUGAAUGCUCUGGAGAUUGAACUGCAGGCCCAACACCGAAUGAGAGAUUCCCAGGAAUGCAUCCUGGUGGAGACAGAGGCCCGAUAUACAGCCUUACUGGCCCAGAUCCAGUGUCUGAUCGAUAAUGUGGAGGCUCAGCUGGCAGACAUCCGGUGUGCCCUGGAGAGACAGAACCAAGAAUACGAAAUUCUGCUGGAUGUCAAGUCCCGACUGGAAUGUGAGAUUGCCACAUACCGCAGCCUUCUGGAGAGUUCAGAUGUCAAGCUUCCCUGUAGCCCAUGUACCACCAAAUGUGAGCCUUCCAGUAAGGCCAGUGCCAUGGAAUGUGCAGCCUCAGUUGACAAUGCAUCAUCCUCGGCUUCCCACUGGACACACGGGCCCUGCUGUGCCUACAGAUGCCUGCCCCGAAUACUGGUUAAAAUCUGCACCAUCACUCAGGAGAUUCAGGAUGGCAAAAUCAUUUCUUCUCACGAGCAUGUGCAGCCUUGCUUCAUCAUCAGAACUGUCAGAGUCUAA